AUUUACCAGAAUUUGCAGAACUGACUCAACUCUGUAAUUCUCUGGAGCUGCCUGUUUGAGAAGACUAUUCAUCUUGAAGAGCUGUCUUUACCAAGCUGCAGAAUGUAUCAAUCUAUGGAAACACUGGGAUUUCUGCUCCUGGUUCUCUGGUCUGUGCCUGCAGUACACGGACAUAUCUGGGCAUGGAUGCUGUCUAUUCCCUACAACAUACCGGAAGACACAGCACUAGCAAGGGAUAAUCCAAGUUUGCAUGCGCCUGCCAAGGAGGGCAUGGUGGUCUGUGAGCAUGACAGAGGAUGCAGAAGGGGGUUCUUCUGUGACAAGCACUUCGGACUUUGUGUUCCAUUGCGGAAUGAGGGUCAAUACUGCCGGAGAGACUCACAGUGUUCCAGGGCACUCGGCUGCAUGUUUGGCAAAUGCCAACAAAUUAUUCCUGGUGGACAAGAAGGCGCCCGCUGCAAACAGGAUAAGGACUGUGGCCCCUCGUUAUGCUGUGCACGACAUCAUGGUGAAAUGGUCUGCAAGAAGAGACUCACCCUGGGUGAAAAGUGUUAUAUUCCCGAAGGGGGCUUGGCAUUCAGUAUCAAUGAAAUCUGCCCCUGUGAAGAGGGCCUUGUCUGUAGAAAUGGACAUCCAACAAGAGAGACAGAGUUUGAUUACUUGUGGCAUGACACCAGUGCCUGGAAGUGUCAGCCAUCAUCACAGAAAUAGUUGUGCAGAAAGAUUUUAUCACUCGUCUGUAUUUAUUCUGUAAAUAGAUUAGAUUGUACAUAUAUAUAUAUAUAAAAUCUGUAUAUUUUAACAAUUAAAACAAUCUUGUAAAUGUGUGAAUAUGAAUAAAUAUUUUGAUUGUAUGCUUUAAAAUUGAGGCAAUUUAUCAUAUCAGUGUUAUGUUCCAACACAAAACAAAAGAAAUGCUAAAAGUUGAGUUAAGAUAUAUAUUUGUAUUGUAAUUUCUUGGCUCAAACAAUAUCUCUGCACUUCAGCAUGUACUUGCCUAAUUAUAUUAAACCUUUGAAUAUUCAUCACAAUGUA